GCUGUACAGUAGAAAGCAAGUAGUAUAAAUAGGAGGCGGCGUCUCAUCGAACAUGUCAGCAGGCAUCGAGGUAUUCAUCAUGAACGGAGUAGCUGUAACUCUUGCCCUUGCGGGGGUAAUCGCUUUUCAGGUAGCCCCGGCAUUGUCAAGCAAUGGCUUUAAAGUUUCUGGCACAACCGUCCUUGAUCGCAAUCAAGAACCCUUCGUCAUGCGGGGCAUCAACUAUGCCCACACCUGGUACAAAGGAGAUGCCGAAACAGCCAUCCCCGCCAUUGCCGCCACCGGUGCAAACGUGAUCCGCAUCGUGCUGUCUGAUGGGGGCCAGUACACGUACGACGACGCAGCGAGUGUGCGCCGAAUUUUGGACAUCUGCAAGCAGAACAAGCUCGUCGCCAUCUUAGAGGUGCAUGACGCUACCGGUUCGGACGAUUUUGCAAAGCUGCGUCGUGCUGCUGACUACUGGAUUAGUUUGGCAUCCACUCUGAAAGGGCUCGAGGACCACGUCAUAAUCAAUAUUGCCAACGAGUGGUUCGGUUCAUCUGGACAGGCUGCACGUUGGGCCAGUGGCUACGCCUCGGUGCUGCCGUCCCUGCGGUCCGCAGGACUCACGCACCUCAUCAUCGUGGACGCUCCUGGGUGGGGACAGGACGCAGCGAGCAUCGCACAGCAAGGCCGCGUCGUUUUUGAGGCGGAUCCCGAGCGCAAUUUGAUCUUCUCGAUCCACAUGUAUGAGGUAGCUGCCCCAGAUGCCGCGACAGUGAGGCGCCACAUCGACAACAGUCUGGCAAUUGGUGUCCCCGUCAUUAUUGGCGAGUUCAGCGACCGCCAGAGUGGCAAGCCCGUCGACUACAAGUCCAUCAUGCAGUACUGCACGGAGCGAUCGGUUGGAUGGCUAGCAUGGUCUUGGCAUGGUAACAAUGAAGAUACGGCUAACAUGGAUCUUUCUCGUGGUGCCAAUGGUGGCCUGACUACUCUCGGAAAUGAAAUUAUCUACGGAGCACUUGGAAUUAAAAGCCAGUCCAAAAUCCCAAACAUCUGGUAGAUGACCUGAUUGGUGUUCAAUAAAAUUAACACUAUCAUUAGAAGAAUACAA